GAUAUAAAACAAGGGGAGAUCACUUUUUGUCCCUGUUCUUUGCUAGGGUAUUUUUUUAAUCUUAUGUAGUUAUAAGUUUGGCUCUAGAGAUCUGAUCUUCAGUCAAAAGAUGUCAGGUCUACUUAAAGUUGUUUUGGUUUCGCUCAUCUGUACUGUCCAUGGAGCGUAUCAAGUUGCCUACUCGAGUACCUACAACCAGAAUACAUCACCUACCUACUGCACAUUGCGCUUGGAUUUCUCACAGUACUAUAACGCAGCUCCUGGAUGUUGUCAGUUCACUGUCACUCAAGGUUUUUGCUGCCAAGCUCUCUUCAGCUUCAAACGACUUGAUGGUUCAACUGGCUACUACACUCAGUGUGUAUGCAAGAAUACAGUUUCUUGUAAUCUGUCCCUGGCCACAGCUAGCACUGCCUCCACAAGCACAUCCACUACAUCCACAACCACUAGUACUACACCGACCACAACACCAACCACAACACCAACCACAACAACAACCACUACACCAACCACCACACCAACCACCACACCAACAACAACACCAAGCACCACACCCACAACUGCUGCAGGCAAAAAAUAACUUUGUGAAGAAUAAAGAAUAGAAGAGAAUCUUGA